AUGUCCUCUGUUAUCUUCAACCCUGCUAUGUUGACUGCAUCUCCCUCUCCCUCCCCCAAACCUGAGGAGUGCCCGCAAGUUGGUGGCGACGUGUCUACAAAUGACGCCACUCUCGACGACACGGCUCUGAAGGAGCCUGAAGAAUCCGACACAGGUUGGAUCGACCGUGCUUGGGCGGUGGUUCUCAACACUAUGCAUGUCUGUGUAGACACAUCUCCUCCCUCCAAGCCUGAACUCUUGGAGGAGCAGGAAUGCUGGCUCCGCGAUUGGAAUACCGCGAUGUCUGAUAUGACCUCUGUCUUCGACCGUGCGCGUGCAGCAGAGAUGCACUUGUUGCUGAACGAUGUGGACGCAGUUACGUUGGCUGAGGGUAAGAUUGCCGCAUGGACGCUAACGAGGGCCGUGAAGAUGUGGAAGGAGAAGGCGGAGGAGUCUACCGUGACUGCGCACCCGGCACGUGUUGAGAAGGGGAAGGCAAAGGAGGUUGUCGCUACCAAGAAGACGGCCGAGAAGGCGACAGAGAAGUUGGGUGAAAAGGCGACGGAACCCGUGCUUACCAAUAUGGGAUGUCCGCAUUUGGGUGGGCGUAUGACUGCUACCUCUGUCAGCCGUCCUGCUGAGAGCCAAGCAGAAGGUGCAAGGGCUGCGUUAAAGCAUGCAAGGGUUGUUCGUUUGAACAAGAGACGCGCACCGGCUGUGCCGAAGCGCAAGGCGCUGAAGGUUCAACAAUACAGCGAGGCACGAACAAUGCUCCUGACUGUAUCUAUAAAUGUUGGGAAGCGAGUGCAGCAAGGAUCUAGUAGUAGGCGCUACUGGUUGGCAAAUGCGAAGCGCGGGAAAGCGCAGACACUAGACAAGAGUAAAUGGGUAUCGUUGUGGUUCGUUUCUGGUGGUAUGGUGCCUAAGUGCUGUCAUGCGGAGCCGAAGCGCUACCGAGUAAGUGGAUGGAUGCUUCUGGAUGGCUGGCACUAUAGGGCGCUCAAGCGCGGGAAAGCGCGCGCGCAUAUACAUCGUGAAGCGCGGGAAAGACGGACAGCUAAGGGUGACAAUGUACCAAUACAAGCGGGCCAGCCCAUGUGGGCCCAUGGCAAUAAGUGUACCAUGCUAGACGAGUGGGCCGUGUCCGAUGGAGACGAGUGGGCCGGCUGA